AUGGCAGAUAUCUACCGCCGUCAGGCCCGCAAUCUAGCCUGGUACGACGAUGACGGCGAGCCGUCCUCACAUAAUCCGUUCAAGAAGUUCCGCAGACGCCCCCAGCGCACCCGCUCCAUCAACAUGGAACUUCAACAAAACAACCGCGCCUCCCGCAGCCUGGGCGACCUCUCCCACGACACAGACCGCCGUCGUUCUUUCACGCGCGACAUUGGCGGUCCUGAGCACGCGGGUACAUUCCCUCCCGAGUCUGCGGGCAGCGAUCAGUACACCAAUGGCCCGGAGCCAUCGACACUAAGCCAGGAGCCUAUCAACGUGUCGAGGAGUGCUGAAGAGUCCGAUAAGCCACGCAAGCGAGGCUUCAAGUUUGGGCGUAGUGAGACGCAGACGGAGCCCGAUGAUGAGAAAGGGGAGAUGCCCACGUUCACUGUUGCGUCACAGUUACGCGCGACGAUUUUGAAUUCGUGGAUCAAUGUUUUGAUACUUGCUGCGCCGGCCGGUAUUGCGUUGUAUGCUAUCAAAGCGAACCCGAUUGCGAUAUUCGUCGUUAAUUUUAUUGCGAUUAUUCCGCUUGCUGCUAUGCUGAGUUAUGCGACGGAGGAAAUUGCUCUACGAACUGGUGAGACGAUUGGAGGAUUAUUGAAUGCCUCGUUUGGAAACGCAGUCGAGUUGAUUGUUGCUAUUAUCGCGCUGGUCAAGAAGGAGGUUCUAAUCGUGCAGACUUCGCUGAUUGGAAGUAUGCUUUCGAACCUGCUGCUCGUUAUGGGAAUGUGUUUCUUUUUUGGCGGUAUCAAUCGUGUCGAGCAGCACUUCAACGUCACCGUCGCGCAGACCGCGGCCAGUUUGCUUGCGCUUGCUGUGGGCAGUUUGAUCAUUCCCACUGCUUUCCACAAGUGGUCUGACACUGCUAAGGUGGAAAACACAGCCCCUCUCUCCCGAGGAACUAGCGUCCUGCUUCUCAUCACUUACGGUUGCUACCUUUUCUUCCAACUGAAAUCUCACGUCGACAUGUACAACCGUCCGAGUCCGAAAGUCGAAAAACGCCGCCAAAGAAUCGGCGAAGGAGACGCCAACCGCGGAAUUGCCCAGAUCGCCAAAAUGUCAGCUGCAUCCAUGGGCGGCGAGAACGCGCAACAGGUCCAGAUGCAAGAUCCAAAUGAUGAGCCUGAGCAGCCUCAGCUGACUAUCUUGGUUGCGCUGAUCACCCUGGGUGUCGCGACUACUCUUGUGGCCGUUUGUGCUGAGUUCAUGGUCGAUUCUAUCGAUGCACUUACUGCAACUGGUCACAUUGGCAAGACUUUCGUCGGUCUAAUCCUCCUUCCUAUUGUCGGCAAUGCCGCUGAGCACGCUACCGCGGUGACAGUCGCCUGCAAGGACAAAAUGGAUCUCGCGAUCGGUGUAGCCGUGGGCUCGAGUAUGCAGAUUGCGCUUCUGGUUCUGCCUUUAAUUAUUGUUAUUGGUUGGAUCAUGGGUCUUGAUAACAUGACUCUCAACUUUGACGCAUUUCAAAUCAUCGUUCUUUUCGUCGCUGUCCUGCUCGUUAACUAUCUUAUUGCUGAUGGCAAGUCUCACUGGCUUGAGGGUGUCUUGCUUAUGAUGAUGUAUCUGAUUAUUGCUAUGGCUGCUUGGUUCAUCGACUGA